AUGGUAUCUUCAAGAAUCCUCAAUAUCCUAGCUCUCAGCACUUUAGCUUUCAGCGAGCAAACCAGCGAUAGCACAUAUGACUAUGUUGUUAUUGGAUCUGGGCCCGGAGGAGGCCCUUUAGCUGCGAAUCUCGCCCGCAAGGGACAUUCGGUCUUGGUUUUGGAGGCAGGUGAGGACAAUGGUGCAAGUCCCCUGCAGCAAGUGCCUCCCUUCUCAAACGCUGUCGCUGAGAAUCCAACCAUGUCAUGGGAUUUUUUCGUGCAGCAUUUCGACGACCCGGAGGAAGCCCAGAAAGAUAACAAGUUUACCUGGAAGACCCCAACUGGUGAAUACCACGUUGGUCCCAAUCCGCCGGAUGGAUCGGAACCCCUCGGGAUUCUGUACCCACGGAGUGGUACGUUGGGUGGUUGUGGCAACCACAAUGCUAUGUUACUUGUUCUUCCACCAGACAAUGACUGGGACUACAUUGCGAACCUCACAGGGGAUAGUUCAUGGAAUGCUCCUAACAUGAGAAAGUAUUUUGAGGAGGCAGAGAAGUGCAACUACCUUCCUGAGGGAUCUGAAGGACACGGCUUCUCUGGCUGGCUAGGGUCACACCAAAACGAACUGGACCUCUUUGCCAGGGAUGACGGCUACAUGGAUAUUGUCCAUGCCGGAAUGCGGAUAAUUGGAGAUUCCAACACGACCAACUCUGCCGAUAUCUUGAAUCUACUUAAUCGGGAUAUGAAUCGUUUGGAUCCCAAGCGUUAUGAGGCCAAUGGGCUUUACAAUAUCCCGCUCCAUGUCGAUGCCAACAGAAGGAGGAGCAGUUCCCAAACGUACCUCCGUGAUACGGUCAAUGACCUCAACGAAGAUGGCACCUCUCGAUAUCCCCUGACAAUCUUCACAAGCUCUCUGGCUUCGAAGGUUUUGUUCGACAGGUCCGCCACAAGGCCUCGCGCUAUUGGUGUUGAAUAUCUCUCCGGUCAAGGACUCUACAAAGCCGACCCGCGCUACGACGGAACGCAACGGGGGGUCAAAGCAGAGGCGUACGCUAGGAAGGAGGUUAUCGUGGCUGGAGGGGCGUUCAACACACCACAGAUCCUGAAACUUAGCGGAGUCGGUCCGCGGGAAGAGUUGGAGAAGUUCAAUAUCUCGGUGGUGGCAGAUGUUCCUGCAGUCGGGACCAACCUGCAGGACAACUAUGAAACUGGCGUUGAGGGCAUCGCAUCCAAGGGCUUUUUGAACCCUUUGGAGAACUGUACCUUCUUGGCCCCCGGCGACCCAUGCCUCCGGGAGUGGCAGGAAAAGAACGGGAGCGGACCGUACGGCAUUGGCGCGGCGCCAGUCGGACUUCUCUAUAAAUCCUCCGUGAGCGAGAACAACGACACCGAUUUGUUCUUUUUUGGAGGAGGCUAUGGCCUGCUUCGCGGCUUCUUUCCUGGGUUCUCUCGGGUGGUCCCUCCGCCCAACACUUGGUGGUGGUCCAUUGUCAAAAUGCAAGUGCAAAACAAGGCCGGAACUGUCACGCUGCGCUCCAACGACCCGCAAGAUCCGCCAGAGAUCAAUUUCAACUUCUUCAAAGAGGGAGAAGAACACGACCUACAGGCCAUUGGAGAAGCCGUGCAGCUAACGCGGGAUAUUUAUGACGCCUUGAACGAGCCAUACGCGCCCGUCACCGUGACCGAGCCGCCAAGCAAGGAUGAUAACGAGGUACGCGAGCGCAUCAAGUACGAGUCUUGGAGCCACCACGCCUCUUGUAGCUGUCCCAUGGGCCCCGCCGGUGAGCCCUCGACCUGCGUUGACUCCAAGUUCAGGGUCCAGGGGGUUGACAACCUACGAGUAGUGGAUGCAUCAGUCUUCCCACGGGUUCCAGGAGGCUUUCCUAUUCUGCCGACUUUCGUGAUAAGUCACAAAGCGACGGCAGAUUUGCUGGAGAGUGAGUAA